AUGUCCGAUGAAGAAUUAAUAACUUUGGCCAAAAAGAAAUCCGAAGCUCCCCCACGAAGGAGGAAGCCCAAGAAGAUCAUUAUACCGCGACGUGUACCAUCGAUAGUGGUGCCACCUCGCGUACCUGUGUAUAUCACACCGGAUAAGACCGUCUGUGUUGAAUGUCCAUGCUUCCCGCCCGAAGAUCCUUAUGUAAAGAACAAGAAAUUGAAUCCGUGUCAAAAGUCACCGAAGACGUUGUACGAAUUAUCGGCUGCGGUCGUUGACCUUUUGGCAUUCCCGCCGGCGUUUGAUUGGUCCGAAAACGAGGUGGCCGAUUGGACGGAGACCGAAGUGGGGUUGCCGGAGUAUAAGGAGUGCAUCUUGGACAACCACAUAAACGGGCGUCGGUUGAUAAUGCUCGAAGAUUCUUAUACGCUGACUGAAAUUAAUGUAAAGAAUUUCGACCACAUAAAGAUAAUAACGUCGAAAGUAAGAGAACUAUACACAAUGGAAUUCAUACUGUUCAGUCGUAGCGUGGGCAUAGUUCCGAGGAAACCUCUCACGCACUGCAACUGGUUCAAGUCAAGAACGGGACCAACUUGGGGGAUCAGACAGAAUUGGACAAGGUACCAAAAACCUGAUUUUCCAAAAACGCUAUUCGGUCGUGUUGAACGCAGAAAGACGUUUGUCCCUAUACCUCAUUACAAGCCUACUGAUGAAGUUUGUAGAGAAUAUUUGGCGCCAAGAAGAUUCAUAUUACAAAAAGGUAUAGCAGAAUCCAAGCAAUAUAUAUGGAUGGAACAUAGACCGGAGCCGAAGAAACCGAAGAUCAAGAAGACGGAAAAGAAAGAAUCGAGGCUCAUACCGAAGAAGAUCAGUUUGACUGGACUUACAGGGAAAGAAUUCAUAUUGGCGAAACGAAAGAUGCCUAAACCGAAGUUUUUGGGAUAA